AUGUCGGUAACAACCAAGAAGAGGAAGUCGGACGUUAAAGUAAGUUUAUCCUAAAAAAAUUUCCGUUUUUAUAAGUCGAAAUGUAGGCCUCACGUAGCAAAAGUCUCAGAAAAAAUUACUGUUUGAAAGUUUAAUUCGCACAUGAUAAAAAAAAACCAGUACCUACUUAGACAAACCAGCAACAAAAAUCCUGUAAAAAUAGUUCUGAGAAUUCUAAUAGACUUAAAAAUUGUUGUACGUGCAUAUAUCAUUUAAAUUCGUUAAUCAUUCUCAUUUGCUUUGUAGCUUGAUACAUGCGGCAGUACGUCCUGCGAAUUGCCGUCGAAGAAGGAGAGGCCAUGGUUUGAGGUCCGUUCCGGAACAUUGUUGCUGUGAAAUCAUAAAAAUGUGUUUUAAGAGCGCCGCGGAUGACCAAAAUCAAAUGCAUACGGGACGUAAAAGUUGGCUUGGCGGCCUUAAAAAAAUGCUCAAAAGCACUUCAACACUUAAAGUGAGUAUUAAAGUCAUUCAAUAUGGAUGCAAUCUGUUUUUAAAGGUGAGAAAUAAAGAAGGAUCCUCUUCGCAGUUGGAUUACGGCGUCCAAAAUCAAAGCGAUGUUUCGCAAAUCUCGCACGCCAGUGAAUCGGUAUGAAUCAAAUGAUUCAUUUGUGAAUAAGACUUAUUUUUCUCAGAGCGCCGUCUCCGAUGGAAUCGCCGUUAACUUACAAAGAAACGCGGAUUUGCGAGCUUUUGUCCACAAUGAAGCCCAUUUACCGCUGGCGAAAAGUGUCAGUAAUAAUGAUCAAGUUGAGCCUGAGGCUGUGGAUGAUAUCAGCGUGGUGAGAUUUUUAAUAAUUUCUCAUUUUUUGUUGUGGAAAAAAGAGGAACGAACUCAGGUUUCUUCAAGGAGUCCAUAGAAAAAGAAUGCUACAAAUGAGAAAAUACUAAUGCUUCUUUGAUGGUCCCUUAAGGAAGACCCAUUUCUGUUUUCAUUGUAGUGAAUUGAAAUUAUCUUGUUUUUACGUUGAAGUAGCAUAUAUAAAUUUCGUGAAGGACAAGGAAGAGUUUUUAUUUUUUAUUUUCUUUCUAUCUCCUUCAAAGCUUCUGCAUUUUCAAACACAUCUGCAAGGGAGGUUUUUUAUUGAUAUUUUCACGAAUUUGCUCGAAUUUCAAUGGUGUAUACUAUUUCUUGUUCAUUUUCUUACCACACGCACUUUUAAAACUUUCUUUUACUAGCUUUUUUUUAAAUUUUUUUACCGAAUGGAUAAAGUUAAAGAAAGUUUUUUAGGUGGAAUCAAAUACGAGUUCGGCUGGAAUCAAAGAUGAACACGUCGAUUCGCUCAGCGUCGCUUCCUACUGCACCCCACAACGUCUGAAACGGGGAUCUGCCGGCCGAAUUUCGUCCCGAAGUGUUCCCGAGUCUUAUGACAUUGAUACACCCUUGGUUCGAGGCCUGUGCAAUAGGUUUGAGAUUAUUUCAAUUUUCUUUUGCUCGUCUAGUUUUUUCGAUCAUAAAAAGUCAUAAUAUUACUAUUGUCUUUGUCGCAUAUUUAGAAGAUCGGAGAAAAAACAAAUGUUCAAAAUUAGACGCACAACGGUCCCUUUUUUGCACCUUUUCGGCUCAUUUUCAGGCCCUCAAGUUACGCUCUUAGAUUAAGCUUUCAGCUCAAAAACUUUAUUUAAAUCUUUGCUAUUUAAAAUUUGGAAAACUCAGAGGACUAGUUUUACAACUUUUAGCUCUUUGUUUGACCGUUUUGAAUGUGUCAUUCCGACAUUUUUCUUUCGGUUUUUCAUAAUAUAUUAUUUCAGCGUCGUCCGCCGCGCCCAAUCUUCAAUUUCCGAUGUCGGAGGGGUGUUUUCAAGGCAAAGAUCCUUGAGAAUGCGUGAGCGGAUCAUCACGGCUGCUUCGAUGGAAGACGUUCCCGAGGAAGAAGUCGUCGAUCACCGGAACCCGCGUCUCGAGCCGCCCGUCGAGGAGGAACACUUUGUCGAUGGCCAGCAGUUCUUCGAUAACUUCUCCUCUGCUGAGGAUAUCAAUACCUCUGACCACUCACAUACGCCUUCUUCUAUGGUGACGCUCUUCUUUUCUUGAAGAAAUUAUUUUGAUUAGUUUCAGGGCCGCCGCCGAUCCCUCUGGAAGGUGAAGUCGUACCUGUUUGGUAAUAAUAAGUCGGGCAAAGCGCGUGAUUCUCCGUCGGGCAAUUCAGUUAGUGGGACGUCGAUGUUUUGUGGUGAGUUUGAGAAAGGGGAUUAAGUUUAGAAAUGAAGGACAAUUUCAACAAAAAAAUGGUUCUUAAAAAAUGGUUCUUGGAAAUUCCAAAAUUUCGAGCUAACAAUUGGCAGUCCCAAUUUUUAAAUCGAAAAUUGGCAGUCCCAAAGUUUCAAGCUCAAAAUUGGCAGUCCCACAUUUUCAAUCGAAAAAUUGGCAUACCAAAACUUUUCUAGCUGAAAAUUGGCAGUCCCAAAAUUUUAAGCUCAAAAUUGGCAGUCCCACAUUUUCAAUCGAAAAAUUGGCAUACCCAAACUCUUCUAGCUGAAAAUUGGCAGUCCUAAGUUCGAAGAAAUAAUUUUUCCAGAAGACGGCGAGCCGCAACCUCAACUGGAUGACUCGUUAGUGAUGGAAACGAAAAGUGUUUCCCGUCGCGCCUCCCUCUCCUCGAAUAUCUUGCCAAAUCCGAGCGUCGCCGUUGGAUCCAGCAAGAUGAAGCGGAAUCCAACGAGUGCUUCGAAUAUUCAGAGGAUUUCGGCGCUUUUCCGAAAGUCUUCACAGACACAGGGUUUGUAUAUUAGCGUAUAGGAAAUGAGCAGAAAUAGUGUUCGAAGUCAUAAAAAAUAAUUAUAAAUUUCUUUUUUUGGAGAAAUGGUUGUUUUUGGUGCCGUUGAGCCUUUUUUUACAGCUUGAAAAAAAGCAAAUUAAAUUUAAAAAAGUUUGGGUGAAAAUAAUCUUCUGAAUUAACGCUUCAAGAUAUUAUUAAAGUUCUUACCUUUCAUUUUUUUUUUGUUGUUCUUUUUUUAAAAUUAUCUAUCUAUGAAAAAUAAAUCUAGAGGAUCGAACGACUCCCGAGAAGAAAAAGAACAAUACAAUUGUGAGGCGUGGGAGCAGCUUAUUGAAAAUUGGUAUAGAUUCAGUCUGAAAAUUUGAAUAAAUAUCUUUUUUUUUCAGGAAACGAGACGAAUCGAAGAAAUACGCUUGGAAAUUGCUCGAUGAACGAGGGGAACACGACGUUGAACACGAGCAGAGCACACAGGCGUGAGAACGAAAUUCGAGGUGAGUUUUGGAAAUUUCUGAAAGACGACAAAAAACGUAUUUAUUCUGUUCAAUAAAAUACAGGCAGGGAAAAAUAGUCAGUUUUUCUGUUAUGUACUUGUAAUUUGGGACUGCCAAUUUUAACCCGUAAAAAUUUUGGGGCUGCCACUUUUUUCCUGUGGAAAAUUUGGGACUGCCAAUUUAUGCGUUCAAAAAAUUUGGGACUGCCAAUUUUGGCGUUUAAAAAAUUUGGGACUGCCAUUUUGUUCGUAAAAAAUUUGGGGCUGCCAAUUUUUGCGUUCAAAAAAUUUGGGACUGCCAAUUUUGGCGUUUAAAAAAUUUGGGACUGCCAAUUUUUUGCUCCUAAGUUUUGGGACUGCCAUUUUGUUCGUAAAAAUUUUGGGACUGCCAAUUUUAGCUUGAAAAUGUUUCGACUUCUAAUUUCAAGAAAAACAGCUUAUUCAACACAUCUUGGAACAGUUUGAGCCUUUAAGUCGUAAAAAAACCGAUUAUUUUCUUUUUCUCAACGUUUUUCAGUAUAAUUGUUGUUUUUGAGAUCGUGUGCGAAAGUUUGUCAAUCACAUUACGGUCAGUGAGCACACGGCGACAGAACUCAUCCAAAUGUUUGGUGAAGAAAAAUCGAGAAGGCGAGCCAGGUUGAAUGAUUCGAAUGACACGGUUUUCGUUUUCAUUAACAAGCUUUUUAUCAUUAUUUUGCUAUAUUUCAGGUUGAUAUGCCUGAAAUUGAAGAAGGACCUGGUUUCGACGCUGUUGCUGUUGAUGUCCUGCCUGAUGGGAAGCCUUGUAAUACAAUGGAGUUUGAUAGAAAAUUAUUAAUUUGUUGAUUUGAAGUUUCAACAACGGCCAGCGCAAUAGUGACUGACGCGAUGGCUGGAAAAAUUCGCUACGAAAUUGUCAGUUCUUUUCCGGCUGAGGGCGGUGGAUCGUUAAUUGGAUCUGAACCUGGUAAGGAGGCCAAAUAUGGGUUCAAAGAGAUUCAAUUUUCAGAAAAAAAAAUUUCUAGAUUUUACAAAGGAAGGAGUUCAACUUAGAAGUUGAAAGUUCCCUGAAAAUUGUCCAGAAAACUCAUCGAUGUACCAGAAAAAGUAUAUUCAGAGUCAAUUCCCUAGCUUAUGAGAAAACACCAAAAAGCCGAAGAAAACUUGAAAAAUCUGUUAUAAUAGACCAUUUUGUAGCUUUUAGCCUUCGUUUCAAGAAAAAUAUGAAAGUUUGAAAUUUGAACAUCCCAGGAUCUUUUUUGGGUUCAUCAAUUAGUUAUAUGGCCAAACUUUAAGAAAUUACAACUGUAGAAUAAAAUUACGUCUCUUUUUAGCUCAAAUAAAUGCAGAAUGUAAUUGUCCAAAGAUUCGCAGUUUGAAUCUUCCAGAAGUUUUCUUCGUCUGUCCCCAUUCGGCCUCUCAGAACCACCCGAAAGACGAAGAAGGCGAUGCGGCUAAUCGAGCGAUGCUGAUCAACGUCCGCAACGCGGUCAUGAAAGCCGUCACCUUGUGGGGAAAUACGACAUGCACGACGCCUUCUACCUUGGUUCUAAUGAAAUUUAUCGAUUAUUCAAUAAAGUUUUUCUGUUUUCCAGCUCGUGUACCCAAUGUUCUGCUCUUCGGAAGCCGAAUGGGACGCCCCGGAAACUGUCAAGGCCGUUUUUGACAUGCUCGACGCGAUUGUCAACACGAAACGGUGGCGGAAGGUUUGGAAAGAGGGAUUCUUAAAGAUUGCGAUCAAGAAAUUCGAGUUUUCUCGUUAUGAAAUCAAGGAUGAAUAGUCUUUCUUUUAAAAACAGAAAAAAAUAAGAAUUUCUGAACUAGAAAAGUCUUUAUCACCUUUAAAAUAACUCCAACGCUUGGAGUCCUUUUUCAUUUUAGAGAGAAUGGGUAAAUGUUUUUAAUUUUUAGGAUCACAGGAGCGGUCCCUAAAGGGGCACCUUAAAGACCCUUGAAGGUAAAAACCUCUCCCUAUAGGGACCACUAUAGCUCGUAAAAGGGACCUCUAAUGGGGAAAGUGAUAGUGAUUUGUUUUUAUGAACCUAUAAGAAGAAGCAUUCGCCCCUAUAGGGAUCACUACUUUGUCCCCUAGAGCAGCCGUUCUUUUAUCUGGCCUUUACAGACUCCUAAGAAAGCGUUGAUUUAGUUAGUGGUCUCUAUAGGGGAUGUGCAAGACUUUUAUUGUUAUGAACUCUAUGAGAGUCGGCAUUUCCAUGAGAAAAACCUAAUAUAUCAGCCAUUCUUGUAGGAGAAAUAGUUAAAACAGGAAUAAUCUAUCUAGUUUUAUUAAACACGUCUUUUAAAUUUUGAACAGUGAACGAAAAAUUAAAAGAACCCUGUAGGAACCACUUAGGGUCCAGACUCUAAGAGGGCGUAUCUUAGAAAAACAUAUUUUCGAGUUAUAAUGUUUUAAAAGAUUCGAACAACGUUUUUGCUCUAUAAUUUUGUGGAUGGCGAUCUUUGACACGUCAAAAAAAUCUAUUGUGAGAAAAUUUUUCUAGAAGUUUUGCGAGUACCUCAAGGAAAUUUCUGCCUAGUUUUACAAGAGUAAACCACUAGAAAAUGCUCUUUGUAGGGACCAAAAUGAGGAUUUUCCAGAACGGUACCUGCAUUCUCGCUGGCGUCACCAAGAACAACGGCCAACUUCUGAGGGAACGCUACGAGCAAAUGAAGACGUUGCUGGAGGAACACGACGACACGAGCAGCCUCGUUGAAACUGUCUACAUCAGCAAAGUUUGA